AUGGAGGUCACCAGUGCCCUCCAGGAUCCGCUCAUUCUCUUUCUUCUGGCAAUCCUUGGCAUAAUGUACUUCUGGAAGUUGUUCAACGCGCCCUCUCGUUCGCGGCUACCCCUCCCUCCUGGGCCGAAGAAAUACCCCAUCAUUGGCAGCCUCCUGGAGAUGCCCAGUUCAGAGGAAUGGGUGAAGUUCGCAGAAUGGUCGAAAGAGUACAACUCGGACAUCAUCCACCUCCAAGUAGCAGGCACUUCCAUCGUCAUUGUCAAUUCGGCAGAGACAGCACAUGAACUCUUCGAUAAGCGGUCGACUAUCUAUUCUAGCCGACCGCGGUUGGUCAUGAUAAACGAACUAAUGGGAUGGGAAUGGGCCGUGGCGCAUAUGCCGGAGGGGGAUGACUGGAAGCAACAUCGUAGAUUGUUCCAGCAAAACCUGAGUCCAUCUUCUAUACCGAACUUUCAACCGCAAGUGAUCAAGCUCUCCCGUCGCUUACUCCUCAGCUUGCUCGACAAUCCGGAUGGCUUCAUAGAUCAUGUACGGCACUUCGUGGGCGCCGUUCUCAUGGAGUUAUCUCAUGGGAUACAGACGCGUGGUCAAGAUGAUCCAUACAUCAAUGUCGUCGAACAGGCUCUUCAAGGACUGAUUCAAGCAAUCGUUUCAGGUAGAUUUCUGGUCGAAACCUUUCCUAUCAUGAAAUACAUUCCCGAGUGGAUGCCUGGAGCCAAGUUCCAAAGGCUGGCAAAGGAAUGGCGUGAAUUAGCUACGCGGGUAGUUAUGGACCCAUUCAAGAAAGUGAAGCAAGACAUUGGCAUGUGUGAUGCAUCAACGACUACACUUACAGUAGGUUCUUUGUAG